GAAAAGUGAUAAAGAUUUGUUUGUUUGUUUGUUUUGUUUUUUAUUGGGUUCGUGUGUAUGUUGAAUUUAUAUUAUUGAAUUGAAAAUACAUGCUUAGAACCGCGAAAAAAACAACCACAACCACAACCACAAACAUGGCAAUCGAUUGUAAUCAUCGAGCAAUCAUUGCUCAAGCAUAUAAAUUACCAUCAAUAUUCAUAUUGAUCACAUCAUUUUCAUAUAUUUCAUCCGAAUUAUUAUACUGGAUGUUAUUAUACAUGAUUAUAUUUACAUUCAUACCGAAUGCAUUACAUUCAUUGUUUCUCAUAUUUAUUGCAACAAAUGAUCGAUUAAAACAACGACAACAACAACAACAACAAUCGAUUAUUAAUAAUGAGAAACAAACAACAACAACAACAACAAGAUGGUCAAAAAUUAGCCAUUUAUUAUUGGCCAAACAAAUAUGGAUGACUGAAAAAUUGGCAAAUUUCAUUUCAAAUCUUAUUGAUCUAUACGCAUGGCUGGCACAUUCGUAUGAAAUUGUUGGCUUGGAAAAUGUUCCUGAUGAUCCGAAACGACCAGCAUUGAUGAUCUGUUAUCAUGGUAUAUUACCGACGGAUAUGAUUUUUGUUUAUAAUCAAAUUUAUAAAAAAUAUCACCGUUUUCCACGUGCUGUUGGUGAUCGUUUUCUAUUCAUAUUUGGCAAUCUAAUACGUGAUUAUAUUUUUCCCGGUCCGGCCGACAAAUGUAUUGAAACAUUAAAACAAGGACAUUUACUCGUGAUAGCACCAGGUGGCACUAGAGAAGCACAAUUUGCAACAACACAAUAUGAAACAUUAUGGAAUAAUCGUUGUGGCUUUGCUCGUGUUGCACGUGAAGCCAAAGUGGAUAUAAUACCGAUAUUUACAAAAAAUUCACGACAAAUCUAUAUAAUACCGAGAAUAUUUCAGAUAAUAUUGAAACCAAUAUAUGAAUGUACACGUAUACCAGUUGUACCAUUUUUCGGUGGAUUUCCCGUUAAAUUAACAUCAUUCAUUGGUAAACCAAUACAUUAUGAUUCAGCUGAUAAUGCUGAACAAUUGGCAAGGAUAUGUCAGAAAACAAUUGAUGAUAUGAUAGCAACAUAUCAAACAUUUCCGGCAACAAUAAUUGGCGCUCUUAAAGAGCGUUUUAUUAAAUGUGAUAAUUGUUCGACCAACACCAACACCAACACCAACACCAGCACCACAACAACAAAAAAUGAAUGACCAUUCUCAUUUUAACAAAUAAAAUUUUUUUGGAUCAUUUUUUUCGAAAAAAAAAUCAAUUUUUCCACCCCCAAUUCACAGAAUCAUUGCCUGAAAUAUUUCCCAUCGUUAUUAGAUUGAAUAUAUAAAAAUUUUAAUUGUAAAAAAAAUUAUUAAAAAAAGUAAUCAUAAAAAAUAUA